UCACCUAACGCCGACGAUUUCAGGCAAACCCACAGUAAAAAGAAUCCAACCUUGGGCAACGUUACGGCAGAUUCGAGUGUAUUUGUUUUUAGCACAAGCCCUACGCCUUGGACUGCGUGUCGGUGGUGCUCGCAUUCGCAGCAUCUUGCAAUUGGCAGUGGAAGUUAUUGCCGUGGGCCAUCGAGUUCAGACGGUCUUUCCGUCUCGGACAAACCCCACCGCCCUCAACGAUGUCGAUGCUCGCGGUUCCUACCGAGCAACGAUCCGAGAAGAGCCGAGUGAUCUGCGAAGGCGACGUCGUUGUCGUCUACGAGCGUCAUGAUCGCAUGAAAGCCGUGACGGUGGCCAAGAACGGGGAGCUUCAGAACAGGUUUGGCGUCUUUCCGCACAAUGAAUGGAUGGGGAAGGAGUUCGGAUGCCAAGUGAAAGGCCGGAAUGGGGCCGGGUUUGUGUAUCUGUUAGCCCCAACUCCUGAACUCUGGACCUUAGCAUUGCCUCACAGAACACAGAUUUUGUACAUUGCGGAUAUCAGUUUUGUUGUGUCGUUUCUGGAGCUGCGGCCGGGAAGCGUGGUUUUGGAGUCGGGGACGGGGAGUGGGUCUCUCACGCAUUCUCUGGCCCGGGCUGUAGCGCCCACAGGCCAUGUCCACACGUUUGAUUUCCAUGAGCAGAGAGCGAAUGCUGCGAGGGAGGAUUUUGCCAGGAAUGGCGUGUCUGGGGUGGUGACUGUGAAGGUGCGCGAUAUUCAAGGUGAGGGGUUUCCUGAAGAGCUCGCGGGCUGCGUAGAUGGUGUGUUCCUUGACUUGCCUCAGCCAUGGCUGGCUAUCCCCUCUGUGGUGAGGUCUCUUCGACCCGACGGCUUGGUCUGCUCGUUCUCCCCCUGCAUUGAACAAGUCCAACGGACGUGCGAGGUUUUGAGCAAGCACCAAUUUGCUGAUAUUCGCACUUUCGAGGUUCUCCUUAGGUCAUAUGAGGUGCGCCAUGAGAAUCUUAGCACCAGUUUCGAAUGUAGUGAGCAGACGUUUAGCAAGGAGGCUACGAAAUCGCCGCCUCAUAAGCGGCAGCGAGGUGAAGUUGAUGAGAAAGGUGGACCCGAAAGUGAAGGUCACGCAGAGGACCCCAACGGAGGUUCAAAGACUGCUGCCGGCUCGAUUGUGAAACAGUCGCGCCCUGUAAUUGCUAGACCAUACCCAGAGACUAAAGGGCACACUGGGUAUCUUACGUUUGCCCGGCAAGCCACAUGUAUGUAAGGGUUAAACGUUUACAUGAUGGCUAUUAGGGUUUAGGAAAAUUUUGGAGCUUGCCAACGUUUUUUAUUGGAAUUUUGCGUUAGUAACACAAUUUUUGCUUCCGGCACCGUGUGCUGGAAAUUCUCCGUUAGAAGGAGAGUUGGAUUGGCGGAGGGACUUGGCGAUGCUGAAUGGUGAAUCUCAUGGUUAUGUUUUUUCGUCGAUUGCUUGAGUGAAUUUUUUCCUGGCUCGGGUUAUAGUUUAAGCGGA